AUGUCUCGAGCAUUCAACGCCCUCGACUCCUUCGAUUUAUUCCGCACGACCUUAAUCCCUCUUCUCUGGCUCGUGCGCGCGCAUUCUGAUCCAUGGUUCACGAAUCCCUUCACAUCCCCCGCGGACUGCGAUGUCGGUGAACGAUCAGCCCCCUCCGCGGAUACCUCACUCUCCCAGCUCGCGAGCCAGCCUUAUACCUCCGACCUGGAGAUACUUGACCGCCGAUUGAAACGACUCUCCGACGACGUGCUCCCCCUCCAUCCCUACCUCCUCACCCUCCCAACGAAUGCGCCGUUCCGUCUCGGGUCUCGCUCCGCCAACAGCAAUUGGGCCGUGGGACAUGACCGUCCCUUUAGCCACGACGAGCAGCAACUUCAGUAUAUGACCUUUCUGACACACCACGACACCGAUUCCUUACUGGCUGCCGUGGGCGAUUGGUCCGACGAGUCGGGUCGCAUGAUGCUAGAUCAACCUUCGGGUCCGAGGACAACCACCGAGCAGCAACCCCGAGAAACCGUGGCGAAGAAGAAGAUCAGCUUGAACGACUAUAAGAACCAGAAGACAACCGGGGCUGCCCCUUCCCCAUCGCCUGCAAUUCAUGACCAGAAAGGCCGGGACCGUUCCAACUCGGACCGGCGCGACAACACACCGCGCGCUCCCAACCCCAACCCCGUUAAGAAACACGAGAAGCAGGGAAAGCCCGAAUUGCAGCAUCGAAAUACCCCGAAACCACUCCCAGACCUUUCUCCUUCCAAAACGGCCAAGAAGCGACCCCCAACGACGGAUACCGAGCAAGGGAGUUCCCACGCGACAAAGCAUUCCAAUAUGCAUUCCUCCAAGAGGCCACGGUUAUCACCCGAAAAGGAAUCGCGCAAAGAAAUCACACCUGCCAAAUCACUCCCAAUUCUCCUCUCUCCAACCCUUCCUCCUUCGCCGGGUCCAGACCGGGCCCCGGGACCCAGACUGCCGCGGUUAUUGUCUCCGACCCUCCCCCCAGAGAUUGAAAAGGAACUGGCACAGCUCAAGGAAAGCUCGCCGGGCCAAAGCUCUCCCAGGCGUGACAAUGCAACAGCAAAGCCGAGGCGAGACGAUAUAGGUCACUCUCGAACUCCUACAUCCUCCAAUAGUGGCGGCAACUCGAGUCAACAGAGUAGCCGCACGGGUGCUCCGACAAAGGAUUCCCAUUCCUCCCGGAUGAGUCUGAUUGUGAAAUUGCGCUACGGCAAGAUGAAUCGCAGACGAGUCGAUGGUCUGCUCAAAUUUUCUGGUAAAAGGAAAGCCCACCGUGCAGAUUCGCCGUCGGGUCAAGACACCGAGGCGGAUGAGGCUCCCCUUGUCGAUCGCAGGAAAGACCCUGUGUCCACUCGUGAAAAACCCCCACCGUCCGAUCGAGUCAAACCCAAGAUCAAGCUUGACGCUACUGAAACGACGCCCGGCCCCAGCGGUAGCAGUGCCCGCUUGAAGGAACCACGACCAUCGGUUGAGAAAUCUCACCUACCUACUCCCGAUAAGGUCAAGACGACCUCGUUAACACCCGUCAAAGAUCUCAAGGGCUAUGGAAACCGUCGAAGCGACCUUUUGGACAGUGAAGGCAAAACACCCGUCAAUCCAGCCACUAAACGUCUCUCCGUCGACCCUGUCUCCAAGGCAUCACCCUCCCAACCAGAUCGAUCCCGGAAUCACGAACGGCGAGAUCAGGAGCGGAGGGCCUGGCAGGAAGAUUUCAAGAAUUUUACCAAAAUGGGUCGAGACUUGAAACAUGCUGCUGAUCGACAUAAUAACGGACCCUCCGCCACCGACGAGAAACUGGCCGUCGUGACUGCUCUCGAAGCGACCAUGUGCUUUGUCCUCGCCUUCGUGGCCGACGAUCAAGCGAAAGCUCUUCUUCGACAAGGAGGGGACUCAUCCGCCUGGCGUUCCAUUAUACCAUAUUGGCGCGCCGUCAAGAAAAACAGCGUCUCCUUUCCGGUCUUGCAUAGUCUGUGCCAGCUCCUAGGUGCAGUCUCUUACGAUACUAUCCACGCAUUGGACCUCGAACGUCUCGCCGUCACUCCGCUACCCGGAGAACAUACACCGGUUCCCACGCCGGGCAGCGACGGCAACACCGUGUUAGCGGACGAGAAUAAGAAGAGCCUCAAGGAAUUCGCGGAGCUGAAAAGUCGCCUUUUGGAACACUACAAGGAGUCGCAGAAGUUGUGGCUAGAUGGUUCCCGCGGUCUUUCUGAGGAUGUCCUCAGUCGAGACUUCCCUACCACCUGGUCCCGACGCUCUCAUGAAUAUACCGAGCGAGGCAAAGCAUCUUUAAAGCCAGGUGAUUACUCCGGUGAAUAUUUCCUUCCUCUCGGAGCGGCCACUCCACCCAUCGAAGUAGUCCGCUUCGGCCGGUCUCUCCUAAAGGAAUGGUGCACACAAGAAGGCGUGGAAUGGCAAGGCCGCCUAACCCUUUGA